AAGAAGCAGCAGCAGCACAAUCAGUCACAGCAGAGGCAGCAGCGGCAGCAGCAGCAACAAACUAUCUCCUGUCUUUUUCUCUUCUUUCUGGAGUUGUUCCCUGCUCAGAGGACAAAAGCCAAGGAAGUAGGAGGGAAGUGAUCCAGGGCUUGAUAGCUGCCAUCAAAAACAAAACCAAAACGCAGACCUGGCUGCCCCCAUGCCUAUCGAAUUUGUUUGCAAAAUCAAAUUUGCAGAGGAGGAUGAGAAGCAGAAAAGCAAGCAGGAUGGGGACAAGGAGAGCCUGAUCGAGGAGAGCUGCACACCUCCGGCUAAGGACUUGGCUGGGUUUGCUAACUCCUGCUCUCUUCAUGGGAUUAAUCACAUCUUUGUCUCUGGUCGCCUGGGCAUCCGGCAGACUCUCUGGGCUCUUGCCUUUUUGACUUCACUGGCGCUGUUUCUAUACCAUGCGGCUAAGUGUGCCAUCUCUUACCUGGAGCACCCUCAUGUCACGUCUCUGAAUGAAGAGGCGACCCCAGAGAUGGUUUUUCCCGCUGUGACCAUCUGCAACAUCAACCGCUUUCGCUUCUCCGCGCUCACCGAUGGCGACAUCUACCACCUGGCUAACUUGACAGGUCUGCCCCCCAAAAACAAGGAUGGGCACAAAGCCCAUGAUUUAAUGUAUCCUGCCCCUGACAUGCAGGACAUCUUCAACAGGACAGGACAUCAGUUAGAAGAGAUGCUCAAGAGCUGCAAUUUCAGUGGACAGAACUGUUCAGUCGAGGACUUCUCUGUGGUGUACACCAGAUAUGGGAAAUGCUACACUUUUAAUGGCAACAGGACGACAUCCAGGAAAAGCAAGCAGGGUGGAAUGGGAAAUGGGCUUGAGAUCAUGUUGGAUAUCCAGCAGGAUGAGUAUCUGCCCAUCUGGAGAGAAACAAAUGAGACGUCCCUGGAGGCCGGCAUCCGAGUUCAGAUCCACAGUCAGGACGAGCCUCCCUACAUCCACCAGCUGGGCUUCGGCGUCUCUCCGGGCUUCCAGACCUUUGUUUCAUGUCAGGAGCAGAGGCUGACCUACCUGCCCCAGCCAUGGGGGAACUGCCGCUCCACCAGCAAAGAGAAAUUCCCAGGAUACGACACAUACAGCAUCAGUGCCUGUCGUCUGCUCUGCGAGACCAACGAGGUCCUGCGAGUGUGCAGCUGCAGGAUGGUGCACAUGCCCGGAACUGCAGAUAUCUGCCCUCCCAGUAAAAUCAACUGUGUUGACAAAGCACUUGCACAGCUACAGAAGAACAGUGGGGAUACCUGUCCAUGCGAGACGCCUUGUAAUCUCACACGCUACGGUAAAGAGCUCUCCAUGGUCAAAAUCCCCAGCAAGGGCUCUGCUCGCUAUCUCUCCAGGAAAUACGACAAGUCAGAGGACUACAUCAGAGACAACUUCUUGGUCUUAGAUAUCUUCUUUGAAGCUCUGAACUAUGAAACAAUUGAACAAAAGAAAGCCUACGAUGUUGCAGGUUUAUUGGGGGACAUUGGUGGACAGAUGGGCUUAUUCAUUGGCGCCAGCAUCCUGUCAAUCCUUGAAAUACUGGAUUAUAUCUAUGAGAUGAUGAAGCAACGGCUACAACGUCUGCUGAGGCCGCAGAAAGAGGAGAAGAAGAACAAGCAGCAGCCCAGCACUGUUGCAACUGUGGGUCUAGAGGAAAUAAAAGCAAAGGAGCCCAACGACAUGACCCGGAGUCACCCAGAGGGGGCGUACGCCAACACGAUCCUACCCAACCACCACCAUCCACACCCUCACCACCAUCAUGCCGGGCACCACGGUGUGUUUGAGGACUUCGCUUGCUAGAGCCAACCAUCGUACCCAGUCCUGGUGACACCAAAAGAUAAAAGCCGUCUGUGUUCAGAUCAAUAACAGACCUUGGCAUUUCCCUCGGUCCUUUGCUGUCACCAGUGAAAAGCUACAGCCAAAGUCGAACACCAAACUUGUGCUGCUAACGAAGCACUUGUACGCACAGUAUGUAGGCACAAAUUGGACACUGCUUUUUGUUUUUCUCUCUGGAUGGGACUCCUCUCAUCAUUGUCCAGCUUCACGUAAGAAGUCUUUGCGUUUUCAGGAGCAGUUUUUGGUACAUACUCACUACAAGGGAACAAGAGGAGGACUGCAUGUCACCUUGAUCCAGUUUAUACUCCAAUGAUUUAUUUAUCCAGCUAGCAUCUCUGAUUUAGCUUUGUCUAUAUCCCUCCUCCAACUAUUCCUUCAUGACAAACACUCUGUACCAUAUCAAGAUGUUACACAUUCUAAAUUAUGUAAUUAUUUAAAGAGAUACUAUUAUCUACUGUAUAUGUUCUUUAUUGUAUACAAAAUGAGAAUACUUACAGUAAACAAAUCUUACUCAUGUUACAUCCAUCCAAAAGACGAGGGGAACUAUUUAGGCUGAACUGUAUGCUUAGAAGAUCUAGCAGCAUCUUUCCACAUGAUACACUCUGUCUGGUUUGUGGUGAAGGUGUUAGAGAGUAGCAUUGUACCUGUACAUAAAGUCCAACUUUAAAAUGAGAAAGUUAUAAAGUUCUGUUUCAAUGGUUGUUGUUUAUAUACAGUUAAUAUAUAACUUAUGUAAUAUGAAUUUGAGUUAUUUAUACAUUUUAGAAAAUACUUUUGUAUGACAAUAACGGUCACGAUUGUAGCAUUUACUACACUUACAAUCUGCAGAUAUGUCCGACUGCGUCAACACAUUUGUCCAGGUAACAAAAAUGAACUGUAUCGUGACUAUUAUCUCCAUGGUUUAUUUUUAUUUUUAAUAUGUGCUUUUUCCAAGACGACACUCAAAUUUCGGAUGAGGUUUGGCUGAUGUGUAUUAGUUAUGACAUAGUUGUACAUAAGUUCUUCUUCUUAAUCAAAUCAAAUGCCCAACAUCCACUCUCCACUUUGGUAAGCAUCAUAACUUUAAGCUGACAUAAGCAAUAAGAAACAGAAUUUUAUUUUUUGCCGAGUCAUCUCAGUCAGCUUGUGAGCCAGUACCACUGUGAAAGUGUAGCAGCUAUUUACAGUGUUACAUCUGUGUGUGUGUGUGUGUGUGUGUGUGUGUGUGUGUGUGUGUGUGUGUGUGUGUGUGUGUGUGUGUGUGUGUGUGCGUGUGCGCAUGUGCACGUGCACUUUAACGUUUUGCACACUUGACUGAGCACAUUAGGCUGAUCUGAUCCAUGUGAAAAGGGAGUUUGAAAAAAUCGGAAUAGUUAGCAAGCAUGGAGUUUUAUUGCAGUUUUUAGCUAAUAUAUGUAGAGUAAGGACAGCUCAGUUUAAUUAAAAAAUUGCCCUGGAGGCUGAAAUAUUCUUACGGAGUAACUCAAUCCUCAAUGGGCGGGACAAAGACACAAAAGAGCACAAGUUAGCUGAGUGGUAAUGAAACAUAAAACUCUUACAUUAAUUCAUCCUUAAUCAUGUUUGUCAUGGAAGGUCAGCCUUCCGCACUGCAGGAACUAAACAACUGGUAACCUCUGGCUUCCUAUAAUCUGAUCUUUAGGGGAUUUAUGAGGCUUUGGUUCUUCCUUGCAUUAAUCUUUACAAAUAUACACGUUUUAUAAUGUUAAAAAGGCAACAGCUGUACUAACUACACUAUGCCAUAUAAGUGGAACAGACAACAAUGGAAGAAAUGAUGCAGAUAUUGAUUUUCUUAUUGCUCAAGUCAAAAAGGGGUCCAGCACUUAGAACCACUUUGUUUUUCAGCAGUUUGAUCCUUCUACAUUAUCCCCUGCAUUGUUUGGUUGUGUGUCGUCACCAGAUGCAGAGAAAUCUUCUUGUUUUUAAUGGUUCCUUCACGAAACGUCUUUGUUUGCAUAACAAAAACGUUUUUACAGUGUUUUUUUUAUUUAAAUAUUGAUUGUCCUCCUCAAUAUACAAGCAGUAGUAAAAUGGCAGUUGCUGUUAUGUUUGUUGUAGACACUUUUGUUGCGACACGACGACACAUCUGCUUGUUCGAUCACCAUUAACGGCAUUCUCGGUAAAUCCAGAAAGUACCUGGAAUUUGCAUUUUGUAUCCCAUCCUGCUCGCGGAAGGGCCGGUUCCAAGAGGUGGCACAGGGGGGCCGACAGCUAGUCAGGGGGAGUCCAUGGGGAAUCAGAACAUUCUAUCGGAAAUAAAUACCGCGUUGAAAAUUGACUUAGAAGAAAUUGGGCAAGAUUUUUAGUAUUCCUUUUAUGUGGUAUUACAUGAAAAGUGGCCGCUCACAAGACCUGAUGUUGCCCCUGGUACUGUAGUCCAAUGGCAUUAUGGGGGCCAAUCAUAUGUCAGGGGAACCCUUUGAGACACGCCCCCGGCUCCAGGAACUAAUUUACGAAGCGAGUUGUCGAAACAAAAGUAGAACCCUUGACGAUGGCUACACGUUACACGUUCAGUUAAGUUCCUGCAGUGGAAAACGGAUGAUUUAAAUAACAAGGGGCUAGUUAUAGAUUUCUGACACUAGAACAUUUGUCAUGAUUUGACAAUGUGCUUUGUAUUAGUAGAAAGAGUUAACUGGGCCUCAUCAUAUAAUUUCCUCUCUUCUAACCCCUUUGCCUUCAUCACUGGGCUUCAAUCUCAUGUAACUGACAGUAACGGCACACUAGCGUUAUCUUUUGCUCUAUUUGUUUAGCUUCAUAUUCGCUUUCAGGAUGAUGCAAUGCCAGGGAUGUGGUCUAUUUUUAAUUACCUCUCACCCACAAAAUAUCCAUUUGUACAAUUUACAAUUCACAUUCAGUGUAACACAGGACCACAUGUCCUAAAUCACAAGUGUGUGUCUUGGUGGAGAUGUUGAUCACGUUUCCCCCAUAGCGGGCGAGCAACUUAUUUGCUAUCAUGCAGCAGUUUGGGCUUCAAAAACUGACAUCACAUUCUGUUUUGUUGCUUAUUGUGAACAAAUGUUGUUGGACUUAAUUUGACUGAGAGUAUAGCCCUAAACUGCACAAAGUCAAGCCUGCUUAAAGCCCCGUAACUUCUGACAGGCCUUUGACUCCACUCAUAAUAAUAAUUAGUAAUUCAUAACAUUUGUCUGGGCAAUGUAUGAUAUACUUAACAUCACAGGACAUCAUGUUAACAAAUAACGACAUCAUUUUUCUGUUAAUUCUAUCGCUGCAUUCUGUUGCCGCAAUAUUGCUAUUCAUCACUUUAGCUCACAAUGAGAUUCCACAGUCCUCCAUCUGUCAAAUCCCAUCCUCCUGUCAAGUAAUCAUGGGUUAUACAUGGCUGUUUAAUAUUCAUAAUCAUGUGUCACUUUGACAUUUUCAAAAGGUUCCCAAUCACAGUCUCUGAUGGCAUCCUGUACAGUCUAUGCAUAACAAUCUUCUCCUCUGUCAUCAAUAAUUGUAGCUAUCCUCAGACGAGUCACACAGGGGCCAGUGUGCUGAGAGGAAUACUGGGCCGCAUUAUCACUGUAGAGUUGUGUUUGAAUGGUCGAGCCUGGAGUCGAAGUAGAAAGCUUGUCUAUCCUCCAGAUGCUGAGAUGUACAGAUGCAGAUGUAAAACACAACCUGAUUCAUUCUGUAUACAAAAGCAUUAAAACACCGAAAAGUGGAUCAGAAAGAGUUGAUUUUACAACAGUUUGUGCGAGGUGCCACGGGACUGAGCGGUGGGCGGCAGGUCUGUACUGUAGCAGAUGGGACAGCUACCCUGCUUGAUAACAUGUAGCUCGCAUUCCUGGGAUUCCUCAAGCCUCUACUCUGAGCUCGCUUCUUGCACAGCUCUUAGGGCAUACCUUUUUAUAGCUCCAUGACAUUCAGUCACAUGUGCUUAUUACAUUACCCGUAGAAAUCAACUUAAUCCGAGCAGCCACCGAUGUUAACUUCUGAAGAUCUGCUGUUAUGUCCUUCUUUUACAGCUGCUUAUUUUUGAGGUCUGAGAAGUCAUCUGAGAAGAGAGAAAAAAUAUGAGUGCAGGGUGACACACGCAGCUGUCAGGAAUUCCUAAGUAGGAAUUCCAUCCCUCAUCUGACAGUCAAGGAAAUGGACCGUCACUGCAGCAACUCGGAACGCUGACAUUUUGUACAGAUGUGUGAUCUUGUGAUUAUUUUCUCUGUUAGAACACAUUUUAUAAAUGUUAAAUAUGGUAAAUACAAUAACUAUUAAAGUUUAGAUUGGUAAAACCAGUGCCUCCUAAA